CAUGGCGACGGUAAAGUGUCCGGCAUGAAGAGCCGGAUGUAAUGAGUAGCUUUAUAAGGACAGAAUGAAGCCGGACUUUACUUGACUCCGUCUUCGCCAUGCUCAUGCGGCCACUACUGUUUGUUUGUGUUUGGCUCUCAUGUUUACCACAAUCCGAACCUUCUGCUGUGUCCAUCCAACUGGAAGAACUGAUUAACACGAACGGGUUACCGAGCUGUCGGGUGUACCCAAGAUCAGGCGCGUCCAAUGACAGGACAGUGUGGCUCUUCCAGAGUGAUUCGCUGUCGUUUGAUUUUUGUCUGAAAAAGAAUCAUGAAGUGCUGGUUAGUGACGUCACGAUGUCCAAUGACGGCGGGAGAGACCGGAUAUCAGUGGACAUCGACGGCGAGAAGGUCGGGGACGUCCUUUCCAGGGCUGGUUCCAUGUACGGAAUGUACUGGAAUGUCUUCUCCAGAUCCGGACCUGUUGGCGCGACGAGGACUCUGAGCUCUGGGCAACACACGCUGACUCUCACAGUUGAAGACGCAGAUAUACAUGGGGUCGAAUUAGACAAUGUUCAACUCGGAUUCGGGGGCAGUUUGACAGCAGACGACAUCCGGUGUCAAAGGCCGCCAGCCCGGGACAGGAAACGUCCGGCAAGCGACCAGUGUCGAUCUGAACUGACGGAUCCCAACAGGCCUAAAAAAACAACGCCCAAAAAGUCAACAACACGAAAAACUGAUCUAACAACACUUACAUCAACCACUACAGCGACAUCAGCCACUACAACGACAUCAGCCACUACAACGACAUCAGCCCCGACUACGUCUAAAACAACUUCGACAGCUGAAGACUUCAAAUCAACAACGUCAAUUACAUUUCCGCCAAUCAUUGUCAAGGUUGAUGUCUUCUAUCCCAUUCCCCCAGAGUCUUCAACAACAUCAACAUCAACACACACUCUGCGCGAAGAGCAAACAAUUUCAGAUUAUACAGGAACAAUAAUGCCACCAUCAGACACAACAGAAACAACACAAUCUCCUUUGUCACAAUCAUCACAUGCAACAGAACCGCCAGUGUCAGAAUCUUCAGAGACAACAGGCUUAACCAUUGCAGAAUCUUCAGAAACAACUGCGACAUUUUCAGACACAACGGAAUCGCCUGUGUCAGAAUCUUUGGAUACAACAGGAGCGACAGUGUCAGAAUCAUUGAAUACCACAGAAGCGACAGUGUCAGAAUCUUCGGAUACAACAGAACCAUCAGUGUCAGAAUCUUCAGAUAUAACAGGAGCGACAGUGUCCAAAUCUUUGGAUACAACAGAACCAUCAUUGUCAGAAUCUUCAGAUACAACAGAAGCGACAGUGUCAGAAUCUUCAGUUACAACGGAAGCAACAGUGUCAGAAUCUUCAAAUACAACAGAACCUACAGUGUCAGAAUCUUUGGAAACAACAGAAGUGACAGUGUCAGAAUCUUCGGAUACAACGGACACGACAGUGUCAGAAUCUUCAGAUAGAGCGGAAGCUACAGUGUCAGAAUCUCUGGAUACAACGGUAGGUACAGUGUCAGAAUCUUCGGAUGUUACAGAAGCCACAGUGUCAGAAUCUUCGGAUGUAACAGAAGGUACAGUGUCAGAAUCUUCAGAUACAACGGAAGCUACAGUUUCAGAAUCUCUGGAUACAACGGAAGCUACAGUUUCAGAAUCUCUGGAUACAACGGAAGGUACAGUGUCAGAAUCUUUGGGUGUAUCAGAAUUGACAAUGUCAGAUUCUACGGAAACAACAGAAGCAACAGUGUCAGAAUCUUCGGAUGUAACAGAAGCAACAGUGUCAAAAUCUUCGGAAACAACAGAAGCCACAGUGUCAGAAUCUUCGGAAACAACAGAAGCGACAGUAUCAGAAUCUUCGGAAACAACAGAAGCUACAGUGUCAGAAUCUCUGGAAACAACAGAAGCUACAGUGUCAGAAUCUUCAGAAGCAACAGUGUCAGAAUCUUCGGAAACAACAGAAGCCACAGUGUCAGAAUCUUCGGAAAUAACAGAAGCCACAGUGUCAGAAUUUUCGGAGACAACAGAAGCGACAGUGUCAGAAUCUUUGGAUACAACGGAAGCAACAGUGUCAGAAUCUUCGGAUACAACAGAAACGACAGUGUCAGAAUCUUCAGAUAAAAUAGAAACGACAGUGUCAGAAACUUCAGAUACAACAGAAGGUACAGUGUCAGAAUCUUCAGAUACAACAGACGCGACAUUGUCAGAAUCUUCAGAUACAACGGAAGCUACAGUGUCAGAAUCUUCAGUUACAACAGACGCGACAUUGUCAGAAUCUUCAGAUACAACGGAAGCGACAGUGUCAGAAUCUUCAGUUACAACAGACGCGACAUUGUCAGAAUCUUCAGAUACAACGGAAGCUACAGUGUCAGAAUCUUCGGAUACAACAGACGCGACAUUGUCAGAAUCUUCAGAUACAACAGAACCUACAGUGUCAGAAUCUUCAGAUACAACAGACGCGACAUUGUCAGAAUCUUCAGAUACAACGGAAGCUACAGUGUCAGAAUCUUCGGAUACAACAGAAGCCACAGUGUCAGGAUCUCUGGAUACAACAGAAGCCACAGUGUCAGAAUCUUCGGAAAAAACAGAAGGUACAGUGUCAGAAUCUUCGGAAACAACAGAAGCCACAGUGUCAGAAUCUUCGGAAACAACAGAAGCCACAGUGUCAGAAUCUUCGGAAACAACAGAAGCCACAGUGUCAGAAUCUUCAGAUACAACGGAAGCCACAGUGUCAGAAUCUUCGGAAACAACAGAGAUGACAGUGCCAGAGUCUUCAGAAACAACAGAACCUACAGUGUCAGAAUCAUUAGAUACAAGAGAACCAUCAGUGUCAGAAUCUUCGGAUGUAACGCAAAUGAAAGUGUCAGAAUCUUCGGGUGUAACAGAAACGACAGUUGCAGAAUCUUCGGAAACAACAGAAGCCACAGUGUCAGAAUCUCUGGAAACAACAGAAGCAACAGUGUCAGAAUCCUCAGAUACAACAGAAGCUACAGUGUCAGAAUCUUCGGAAACAACAGAAGUGACAGCGUCAGAAUCUUCGGAAACAACAGAAGCCACAGUGUCAGAAUCGUCGGAAACAACAGAAGCCGAAGUGUCAGAAUCUUCAGAUAAAACAGAAACGACAUUGUCAGAAACUUCAGAUAAUACAGAAGGUACAGUGUCAGAAUCUUCAGAUACAAUGGACGCGACAUUGUCAGAAUCUUCAGAUACAACGGAAGCCACAGUGUCAGAAUCUUUGGAAACAACAGAGAUGACAGUGCCAGAGUCUUCAGAUACAACAGAACCUACAGUGUCAGAAUCAUUAGAUACAAGAGAACCAUCAGUGUCAGAAUCUUCGGAUGUAACGCAAAUGAAAGUGUCAGAAUCUUCGGGUGUAACAGAAACGACAGUUGCAGAAUCUUCGGAAACAACAGAAGCCACAGUGUCAGAAUCUCUGGAAACAACAGAAGCAACAGUGUCAGAAUCCUCAGAUACAACAGAAGCUACAGUGUCAGAAUCUUCGGAAACAACAGAAGUGACAGCGUCAGAAUCUUCGGAAACAACAGAAGCCACAGUGUCAGAAUCGUCGGAAACAACAGAAGCCGAAGUGUCAGAAUCUUCAGAUAAAACAGAAACGACAUUGUCAGAAACUUCAGAUAAUACAGAAGGUACAGUGUCAGAAUCUUCAGAUACAAUGGACGCGACAUUGUCAGAAUCUUCAGAUACAACGGAAGCCACAGUGUCAGAAUCUUUUGAUACAACAGAAGCAACAGUGUCAGAAUCUUCGGAUGUAAGAGAAACAGCUUUGUCAGAAUCUUCGGAAACAACAGACGCCACAGUGUCAGAAUCAUCGGAUACAAUGGAAGUGACAGUUUCAGAAUCUUCGGGUGUAACAGAAACGACAGUGUCAGAAUCUUCGGAAACAACAGAAGCCACAGUGUCAAAAUCAUCGGAUGCAACAGUAGCAACAGUGUCAGAAUCUUCAGAUACAACAGAAACGACAGUGUCAGAAUCUUCGCAUGUAACAGAAACGACAGUGUCAGAAUCUUCGGAUACAACAGAAGUGACAGUGUCAGAAUCUUCGGAUGACACAGAAGAGACAUUGUCAGAAUCUUUGGAUACAAUGGAAGCGACAGUGUCAGAAUCUUUGGAUACAAUGGAAGCGACAGUGUCAGAAUCUUUGGAUACAACAGAAGCGACUGUGUCAGAAUCUUCAGCUACAAUGGAAGCGAUAGUCUCAGAACCUUCAGAUACAACAAUAGCUACAGUGUCAGAGUCUUCAGAUACAACAGAAGCGACAAUGUCAGAAUCGUCAUAUAGAACAGACGCCACAGUGUCAGAAUCUUCGGAUACAACAGAAGUGAUAUUGUCAGAAUCUUCAGAUACAACAGAAGCGACAUUGUCAGAAUCUUCAGAUAGAACAAAAGCUACAGUGUCAGAAUCUUCGGAUGUAAUAGAAACGACUUUGUCAGAAUCAUCAGAUACAACAGAGCUGACAGUGUCAGAAUCAUCGGAUAGAACAGAAGCCACAGUGUCAGAAUCUUUGGAAACAACAGAAGCGACAGUGUUAGAAUCUGUGGAAACAACAGAAGCGACAGUGUCAGAAUCUUCGGAUACAACAGAAGCGAGACUGACAGAAUCUUCGGAUACAACAGAAACGACAGUGUCAGAAAAUUCUGAUACAAGAGAAACGACAGCUUCAGAAUCUUCAAAUAAAAAAGAAUUGCCUGUGUCAGAUUCUUCAGAUACAACAGAAGCGACAGUGUCAGAAUCUUCAGAUAGAACUGAAGCGACAGUAUCAGAAUCUUCAGAUACAACAGACACUACAUUGUCAGAAUCUUCAGAUACCAUGGAAGCUACAGUGCCAGAAUCUUCAGAUACAACAGGAGCGACAAUGUCAGAACCUUCGGAUACAACAGAAACAACAUCGUCAGAAUCUUCAGAUACAACGGAAGCGACAGUGUCAGAAUCUUUGGAUACAACAGAAACAACAUCUUCAGAAUCUCCAGAUACAACGGAAGCGACAGUGUCAGAAUCUUUGGAUACAACAGAUACAACAUUGUCAGAAUCUUCGGAUACAACAGAAACAACAGUGCCAGAGUCUUCAGGUACAACAGAAGCGAUAGUGUCAGAAUCGUCGGAUACAACAGAAGUGUCAGUGUCAGAAUCGUCGGAUACAACAGAAGCGACAGUGUCAGAAUCCUGGGAUAAAACAGGAGCGACAGUGUCAGAAUCUUCAGAUGCAACAGAAGCCACAGUGUCAGAAUCUUCAGAUACAACAAGAGCGACAGUGUCAGAUUCCUGGGACACAACGAAAGCCACAAUGUCAGGACUUUUGGAUACAACAGAAGCGACGGUGUCAAAAUUUUCGGAUACAACAGAAGCGACAAUGUCAGAAUCUUCAGAUACAACAAGAGCGACAGUGUCAGAUUCCCGGGACACAACAGAAGGUACAGUGUCAGAAUCUUCCGAUGCAACAGAAGCGACAGUGUCAGAAUCUUCAGAUACAACAAGAGCGACAGUGUCAGAUUCCUGGGACACAACGAAAGCCACAAUGUCAGGACUUUUGGAUACAACAGAAGCGACGGUGUCAAAAUUUUCAGAUACAACAGAAGCGACAAUGUCAGAAUCUUCAGAUACAACAAGAGCGACAGUGUCAGAUUCCCGGGACACAACAGAAGGUACAGUGUCAGAAUCUUCCGAUGCAACAGAAGCGACAGUGUCAGAAUCUUCAGAUACAACAGAAGCAACAUUAUCAGAAUCUUCGGAUACAACAGAAGCGACAGUGUCAGAAUCUUCAGAUACAACAGAAGCGACAGUGUCAGAAUCUUCAGAUACAACAGAAGCGACAGUGUCAGAAUCUUCAGAUACAACAGAAGCCACAGUGUCAGGAUCUUCAGAUACAACAGAAGCGACAGUGUCAGAAUCUUCAGAUACAACAGAAGCCACAGUGUCAGAAUCUUUGGAUACAACGGAAGCAACAGUGUCAGAAUCUUCAGAUACAACAGGAGCAACGUUGUUAGAAUCUUCGGAUGCAACAGAAUCGCCUGUGUUAGAAUCUUCGGAUACAAGGGCAUCAGUUGUGUCAGAAUCUUCAGACACUACAGAAAGGACAGUGUUGGAAUCUUCAGAGACGAAAGAAACGACGGUGUCAGAAUCUUAUAAAACCAAAUCAGGUGUGUCCGAAUCUUCAGAUACAACAGAAAGGACAGUGUCCGAAUCUUCAGAUACAACAGAAAGGACAGUGUCAGAAUCUUCAGAUACAACUGAAAUGACUACGCCACUGACAGAUACAACCAAAACCAUAGUGGCAGAUGUUUCAGACGCAACAGAAACGGCUACGCUAUUUUCAUAUGCUGCAGAAACGACCGCGUCAGAAUCUUCAGAUAUGACGGAAACGACAAAAGCUACAGAUGACAAAGAAACAUCAACGUUCGCCAUAGAAGCUACAGGUGAUAAAGAAGAUGAGACUUAUACCCCUGGGAUGCCAACAACAACCAAAUAUAACAGAAUGACAGUUUAUCCCCCUUUUGUCACACCCACACCCACAUCCACAUCCACACCCUCAACCACACCCACAACCACACCCACAACCACACCCACAGCCGCAACCAAAACAACUCUCAACGCAACACAAAUACGACCAAAAACAACAACACAAAAAACAAAACCUACGCAAAAUUCAAAACUAACACAAACACCGACACCCACACCCACACCCACAUCCACAUCCACACCCACACCCACACCCACACCCACACCCACACCCACACCCACACCGAAACCCACACCCACACCCACGCCAACGUCCCUCACGGAAUCCGUGCCAAGAAACCCGACCCCUCCCCCUGGUGCCACCGAGUCUGUCAUCCUGCGCUGCCCCCGACGCCAACGUAUGAUCCUAGAGCGGCGGUACGACUACAUCUGCCGGAGAGGCUUGUCCCACUACAACAUCAUGUCCUAUGACGUCAGAGAACUGACGUUCUCGACAACCCUCCCAGAGUUGACAUCUCGCUGGUACAGACAGUACCGAGCCCCAGUUCACUACUCACUGAGUCUAGGAUCCAACAUGGGGCCUCUGUACGGCAACAGAAACCACGUUUCUAUAAGGACAUUCAGAGGCCGAGGGAAACAGAUGGUUGUCCAGAUAGGGCAUAUGCGUGUUGCAUGCACGUCUAUAGUAUUCUAUGCACCCGUCAGCAGAUCCAGCCGCCCUAAGGCGAGAUUCGUUCUUAGACAGGAUGGACGGAUGUACUUCUUUGCUUCCAGACCUUUGAGAUCACAGCCGUGGUAUUACAUCCCGACUCUUCGCAAACAUGGACCUUUAGAAGUGAUGAUCAGUUACGUUAAUGUUGUGGUGCGGGGUUCUAGGUUCGAACUGUCGGUAAGAACGGCACAACGCAGAGUGACUCUGAAUGUAGGUUUCCAAGGACGCGACACAUCAAUGACAAUAAGGACACCGUAUUCUGACGUGUACUCUGAUAAUGUGUUGUUGUCUCUUGUUUAUCCGUGCUGGAACAGGCGGAGGAGGAGGAGCAAGGUGUAUGUGACGACUGAUGGUAGAGGCUACGUGUCCCUUUUUAAUUGGUGGAGACGCCUGAUUGGCAGGCAGGUUAUCCUUGUGCAGGUUCUGCAGGACUAGUGUCCCAGAGUUGCUGUCCGUGAACACAUUGUACAGAACUACCAGACACCUACCAGACACCUACCAGACACCUAUUAGACACCUACAAGACACCUACCAGACACCUACCAGACACCUACCAGACACCUUCCAGACACCUACCAGACACCUACCAGACACCUACCAGAGGACUAAUUGAUUGUCCGAGAACUUCAUCUGGUGAAUAAAUUUGU